AUGCUGCGAAAGACAUAAUCAGAGCAAAUACAGUAUUGAGACGUAAAGAAUGGAUGGAUUCACAAUUACGAAAAUUCAGAGAUAUUGGUUAUCGUGGUCCUGAAUAUCUAUUAUAUGUUACAAUUCCAAAAAGAGCUGCAGUUAUGUACAUUUGUCGAGCUGAAAGAUUUAUGCAACGAUUACUUAACGAGGUUCCAACAUUUUCGGCUGAAUUAAUUACUGCCGAUGCACGAGAUUGGUAUAAACGUUGUCUUGGGAUUGUAUCAGAUUUUUAUGAUCCACCACGUCGACCUUGUUCAUGGACAGCUUUUACUUCACAUUGUUAUUAUUAUGAAGUUCAUACCAACGCAAUGGAUCGACCUGAUGUUAAUUUUACCAUUCAAAAAAUUAGAGAAUGUGAAAAGAUUCGAUUAAGUCGAUUAACACAAGCUGAUAAUGCGGCAAAAAAAUCACAAUUAACACCAAGUUUCUGGAACAAAGCGAUGAUCAAAAGACCUAUUGAUGGUGUAUCAUUUGCUACUAGA